AUGGAGACUGACUGUAGCGUCUGCGGCUCUAUAUGGCUUGGUUUAGCCACUACAGAGCUAGCCGAGGGUAUCAAUCUAGGCUCGUUUGACGAGGCUCUCUCUUCACCAUGUUCAAUCCACACCACUUUAGUCCAGCAAUUCAAAGACUAUUGCGAACCAAAAGAGGGGGAAAGAACCUGGAGGCAUCCAGCGGCCGAUUCGAAGGACGUGGGCAUUGUACCACGCUCAAAAACUAGGAGCGCGACGAUAUACCCCUCUCUCUCUUCUUUGGGAUUAUUUUGGCAUCUCCUACUGGUAAACAGGCCUUCAGUUCCAAACCACCCCGGCACGGGCCGCAUUUUGAAUCCAGACUGGGUUGAUAUUGAUCUUCUACCGCGAUGGAAGCACGAGUGUCUAACCGCACAUGGCGCAAAAUGCGAGAAUCCGCUGAAGAUUUGGCGAACUCGACCUGCUUGGCUGAUUGAUGUAGAGCGCAAAUGUCUAGUGCCUGGCGAUAAAUGCGACGGGCCAUUUAUUGCGCUCAGUUACAGAUAUGGCGAAUAUCCCCCCGUCGUAAUCGAUGCUACAGUUCUAUCCACCCUGCAACAACCCAACGCAUUGGAUACGCCGCAAAUGUCGCCUUACGUGUUACCGAUAGUUCGACACGCUAUGUACAUAACGUCUAUUAUGAGCGAGCGUUACCUUUGGGUAGACUCACUCUGUAUCUCGCAUCGCGAUCGUAAAACUACAGCUCAGCAACUAGAGCACAUGGCUGCAAUCUACGGAAAUGCCAUAGUUACUAUAAUCGCUGCCGAUACCGACUCAAUGGAAGGGCUCCCAGGCUUGAAGGGUGUUUCUGAAUCCCGUAAAAUGGAGCAGAGAGUUGUUCCAUUAGGGGAAGAGCAAUUGGUAGUAAGGAAUACCGGCAUAUUCUCAUUGACGGGCGGUACCCCUUAUUAUAAACGAGGUUGGACAUUUCAGGAAUACACACAUUCUAGUCGCAAAGUAUUCUUUAAUCAAAAGGAACUUCAUUGGGAGUGUUCUUGUAGCGUCUGGCACGAGGAGACUACCUCUGGGGUAGAAGUCGAUAAGUACAUCAAUCCUCGGAUGCGCACUAUUCUAGCGGGGUUUCCGGACAUGGAUUCUUUGAACCAUACUAUAUCAAACUAUAACGAAAGACAACUCCGCUACGAUGAAGAUGCUCUUCCCGCUAUAUCCGGCCUUCUCUCCGUGGCUAGUCGAACAUUUACCGGCGGUUUCCUGUAUGGACUCCCAGAAAUGCUUUUUGAAACCGCACUAGGCUGGCGUCCUUAUUGGGGACAUACAAAUCUCCGUCGACGAGCACCGUCAGAACGUUCCGAAGAUAGCCGAUUGAAUCCGUCACAACUCCCUUCAUGGUCGUGGGUUGGAUGGCAAGGUCUCCUCACGGCGGGUUACGGCGAAGCAGCGCGCAUUAACACCCGCCAAUACUACAUCCAAGAGACAUUCCCUAUCACCGAGUGGUACACAGCUAAUUCACCUACCGCAGCCCCAUCGGAAAGACGACGUAUCAAUUCAACGUGGUAUGCCGACCGUGACAGCUAUAAAGACCUGAGCAAGCCCUUACCACCUGGCUGGACGCGCCAUGAAGCACCUAAAGGAAAUGACUUUAUAUACCCAGAUGGCUGUGGUGAAUUCGUCUUCGAGCACGAGAGAAUGGAGGACCCCGACGACGAAACGAAGCCAUGGUACUACCCAGUCCCAAUCCCUGACAUUUCCGAGUCAACACCACCGACCAUAGUAGAGCAGACGGCGUACCUAUUCUGCGAGACACGCCGGGGCCGUUUAUGGGCAUGCAGAAACGAGGACCCGAUUGAGGGAGGAAAUAUUCUGCGGCUCCUAGAUGCUGAGAAUAAGCAAGUUGGGACUCUUCAUAGUCAUAAUGAGACGCAGUCGGCGGAGUUCCCAGACGACGUCGUAGAUGGCGAACAUCAUGGCGAAGGACCCGCUGGAAAAGAAGUCGAGCUGGUCGCAAUCUAUCGAUAUAAGAAAUACUCGAAGACAUAUAAUAAGGAAACAGACGGGUAUGGUCUUCCUACAGCGACAAAUAAAAUCGCAGUGUUGUGGCUGGAAUGGGCGGAUGGGGUGGCGUAUCGUCUUGCGUCCGGUCAAGUCGAUGAGGAAGCAUGGGACAAGUUAUCAUUGGAAGACGUUUCAUUGGUCAUAGGUUAA